AAACCCCCUUUGUUUUUUUUGUUUUUUUUCAGUUCCUCCAUUUCAUGGACACGCGGCUCGGUCAGGUGGAUCAACUUGAAAAUGGUGUAUAAUGUUGUAUUUCAGGACGGGGUCAACAUGGAUUUAUCUGGUGCUUUUGUUUUUCCCCAACAUUAACGCAAUAAGGGUCAUUGGUCGGGAUGUGACUGUGACAGCAGGAGAUGAUGCAGAAUUGUUCUGUCAAGUGGUGGAGACAGCAGAGACUCUAACAAGUAUUAGGUGGCAAAGACGAACAAAGGAAAAGCCAACAAAUACAGAUAUUCUGACGAUCACUUCAGGUGGCAGAGAACAUAUAAACGGAUUGAGGGAUCGGGUAAAAUUCACAGCGAACUUCACACGAAUGAACGGAUCAAUUCUUCUAAGUAAUGUUACUGUUUUAGAUGAAGGAAUCUACACCUGCAUCUUCAGUGUGUUUCCAAAUGGACCUUAUAAAACAGAAGUUCAUCUCAUGGCACAAGUUCCUCCGGUUGUCAGUGUGAGCGCUGAUCCUCCUGCUGUUGCUGGUGAUGCUGAUGUGGUUUUAGCGACCUGCACUGCAUCCAACGCAAAGCCUGCAGCAGAAGUGUCAUGGAGUCUGGGUGUUUUAAAUAACUCAGUGAAAGUACAAAACACUGUCAUUGUGGACUCUGAAGGAAGAUACACUGUUAAAAGCAGCCUGAUUGUAAAUGCUUCCAAAGAUCUAAACCAGAAGAAUGUUCAGUGUGUAGUUACACACCCUGGUCUGAAGGACAAACUGGAACUGAGUUACACAUUGAAUGUUCACUAUCCUCCUCAGGUGGUUAAAAUUAUUUCAGCAGGUGAUCAAGGGGAAACUCGUGAAUUUCAGUGUGAAGCAGAUGCUAAUCCAAAACCUACAAACUUCACCUGGAGCAGAUAUUUUCCAGUGAACGAGACUCUUUCCAGCGGUGUUAAUAGCAGACUGAUGAUUCAGCUGACCCCUGACAGUAACGGCCUUUAUUACUGUGAGGCAUCUAACCAGUAUGGGAAAUCUGUAGGUUCCUUCUACCUGUUUUUUAAACCAUAUACAGAAUCCAAAACCUGCUGGACUCUGUACAUCAUAACCGUCAUUGCUGGAGUUUGCUGUUUUCUCAUUUUGAAGUUUAAUUUGUUUCAGCAUUUUAUAAAAAGACUGCAGUGCAUUAUUCUACUGGGACCGUACCUUGCCAUGAUGGAGGGGCUUAUUCUCCUUCAAGAUGAGGAGAAACUAAAUGGGUCCUGUAGGUUUUGUAACCUAACGAUCCAGUUUGGGGCUCCAUCUUUCCACAUGUCAAUAUUAAAGGCGAUCAUAACAUCAUCAGCAAUAAGGAUCAUUGGUCGGGAUGUGACUGUGACAGCAGGAGAUGAUGCAGAAUUGUUCUGUCAAGUGGUGGAGACAGCAGAGACUCUAACAAGUAUUAGGUGGCAAAGACGAACAAAGGAAAAGCCAACAAAUACAGAUAUUCUGAUUAUCACUUCAGGUGGCAAACAGGAAUAUAUAAACGGAUUGAGGGAUCGGGUAAAAUUCACAGCGAACUUCACACGAAUGAACGGAUCAAUUCUUCUAAGUAAUGUUACUGUUUUAGAUGAAGGAAUCUACACCUGCAUCUUCAGUGUGUUUCCAAGUGGACCUUAUGAAACAGAAGUUCGUCUCACGGUACAAGUUCCUCCGGUUGUCAGUGUGAGCGCUGAUCCUCCUGCUGUUGCUGGUGACACUGAUGUGAUUUUAGCGACCUGCACUGCAUCCAACGCAAAGCCUGCAGCAGAAGCAUCAUGGAGUCUGGGUGUUUUAAAUAACUCAGUGAAAGUACAAAAUACUGUCACUGUGGACUCUGAAGGAAGAGCCACUGUUAAAAGCAGCCUGAUUGUAAAUGCAUCUGUAGAUCUAAACCAGAAGAAUGUUCAGUGUGUAGUUACACACCCUGGUCUGAAGGAGAAACUGGAACUGAGUUACACAUUGAAUGUUCACUAUCCUCCUCAGGUGGUUAAAAUUAUUUCAGCAGGUGAUCAAGGGGACACUCGUGAAUUUCAGUGUGAAGCAGAUGCUAAUCCAAAACCUACAAACUUCACCUGGAGCAGAUAUUUUCCAGUGAAAAAGACUCUUUCCAGCGGUGUUAAUAGCAGACUGAUGAUUCAGCUGACCCCUGACAGUAACGGCCUUUAUUACUGUGAGGCAUCUAACCAGUAUGGGAAAUCUGUAGGUUCCUUCUACCUGUUUUUUAAACCAUCUACAGAAUCCAAAACCUGCUGGACUCUGUACAUCAUAACCCUCAUUGCUGGGGUUUGCUGUUUUCUCAUUUGGAAGUUUAAUUUGUUUCAGCAGUUUAUAAAAAGACUGCAGUAAGUUUGAACAUUUUACCAGUCUAGUAGUGAGAGCAGAUUAUAAGCAUAUAAAGAGUUGUUAAAGUGAGUUGUGGGUGGGAUAUAUUAGGCAGCAAGUCAACAUUUUGUCCUCAAAGUUGAUGUGUUAGAAGCAGGAAAAAUGGACAUGCGUAAGGAUUUGAGCGAGUUUGACGAAGGGCCAAACUGUGAUGGCUAGACGUCUGGAUCAGAGCAUCUCCAAAACUGCAGCUCUUGUGGGGUGUUCCCGGUCUGCAGUGGUCAGUAUCUAUCAAAAGUGGUCCAAGGAAGGAACAGUGGUGAACCGGCGACAGGAUCAUGGAUGGUCAAUGGAUCCGAUCCAACAGACGAGCUACUGUUGCUCAGAUUGCUGAAGACGUUAAUGCUGGUUCUGAUAGAAAGGUGUCAGAAUACACAGUGCAUCCCAGUUUGUUGCGCAUAGCCGCAGACCAGUCAGAGUGCCCAUGCUGACCCCUGUGCACCACCGAAAUCACCAACAAUGGGCACUUGAGCAUCAGAACUGGACCACGGAGCAAUGGAAGAAGGUCUGAUGAAUCACGUUUUCUUUUACAUCAUGUGGAUGGCCGGGUGCAUGUGCGUUGCUUACCUGGGGAACAUGUCAGCUAAAAAUAAAAAUUUUUAAAGACAUUUUAGGGGAUUUUAGUUUGGGUAAACUCUACUGUUAAUCUCACUCAUGAGCUGAUCACUGACUAUUACUUUUGAAGGAAGUGAAAGAGUUGAACUUGAUUCAUCAGAUAAAAUAAUAAUAAGAACAUGCAUUAUACUUUGAGGUCAUUAGGGUGGUGGUGUGUCCACGCCAGCAGCAAAGCAGCAAACAGAUCCCCAGUGCCCACAAACACAACAUCUACUUUGGGAAUGUCCAUUCGGAUCCUUUGCCUCUCUUUACUGCCAUUUGCUGUUACUGAAAUGUGCAAACACAAAUCAGAGUUGGCCAUUGGCAACAUGGAAAUACAAACAAGACCUUAUUGGAGACUAUGAAUACAGUUAUGUCAGCAAACGCUCCAUCUGUGACCCAUGCUUUUCAGACAGUAAACAGACAUUAUAAAGUAUUUUUAGUGUUAUUAAAGAUAGGAAGCAAAUUCAAUUCAAUUUAUUUUUGUACAGCGCUAUUAACAAAGAGCAUUGUCUCAAAACAGCUUUACAUGAGAAACAACAAACAUAUAAACAGGCAAACAGACAAACAGUCCUAGAUGUUAUCCCAAGUGAGCAAGCCUGAGGUGACUGAGGCGACUGUGGCAAGGAAAAACUCCCUUAGAUGGUAAGAGGAAGAAACCUUGAGAGGACCCAGACUCAAAAGGGAACCCAUCCUCAUUUGGGUGACAGUUGUGUGAUGCCGAUACAGCAUCUGUAGAAUGUUAUGUAAAUCAAUAAGGAGGUUGUUGUCCACAGCGCUGCUUUUAUUUCUUAUUUUUAAAUAGCUUGAAAAAACUAGUUGUGGACAGUACACCACCAGGCCACUAGCUUUGGUAGUAGUCUUAGGUAAAGUAAACUUUAUCUUAAUGAAUCCAGAGAAAUAAAAUCUUACAGAUUAAAAAACAUUAUAGCCACUAAAUUAUGUCCACCAAAAAAUUAAGCCACCAAGCAAAGAUGGAUUGAACAACCACCUUAAUAUAAAUUUCAACAUCCGUGGGGAAUAGAACGGUUUAAAUGCUAAUACAUGCCUUGAUACUUCAUUAAAACAUAAAAUGCAAAAAAACACAAACAAAACAAAAUGCUACUUUGAGAAAGGACUCUGCUUUUAUAGCGCGCCUUAUGUUCUUUAAUCUGGAAUAGUUUUAUUUUCCAAACAUUCCUGCGCUCUUUAGAUGUGUUUUUAGACAUCGCAAACUAAUCUUUACGCCAUGAUAAGCCAUCAGUAUGUCGAAAAUUGUGGCAUAUGAAUGUCCUUCCUCAAAGUAGCAUUGAAUGAAUUCCAUUUUCUUAUAAAUAUA